AUGUGUAAGCCUAUACAGUUAGGGUCUUUAACACGCACACGCACUCUUAUCUAUCUAUCUAUCUAUCUAUCUAUUUAUCUAAUUCUCUCUCCCUCACUCUCUCUCUAUAUAUAUAUAUUGAAUGAAAUACAAAGGCGUUUAAUUGCUCUUCUUACUCAUUUUCUCUAUCACCCUCUGUACAUUUCUUAUUUAUACUUACUUUUAUGGCUUUCGCUUUCUUUAUGCCUAACACGUUCAAUUUCAUUUUUUAUAAUUCGUCUUUUUGGCAACCCCAACAUUUCGCGACAGUUUUUUUUUUCUCUUAUUUUUCCAUCCUCUUUAAACAUAUCUAUCUAUCUAUCUAUCUAUCUAUCUAUCUAUCUAUCUAUCUAUCUAUCUAUCUAUCUAUCUAUCUAUCUAUCUCUUAUUUUUUGGGUUUUUAUUUUUUCGUCAGUUUUCGAAAUCUUUUUUCUUCAAACUUCUCUCUCAUACACUUACCAUUGUUUUUUUAUCUUUCAUUUUCCUUUCCUUCGUGUUUUUUUUUGUUUUUUUUUUUUUUUUUUUUUCUACUUUAUACUUUCAAUGUUCGUUCUUUUUUCCUUCGGUUCUUUUUUUCUCUCACUUAGACUUGUUUCUUUUCAUUACAACUUUAUUUAUUGUAUAAACAAUCUUUUUAGGAGUUCUUUCUUAUAUUCAAUAUUCAUAUAUUUGUAUUUCUACCUCUGUUUUUCUUUCUCUCUCAUUUUAAUCUGUCAUCCAUCUAUUCUUUUAAUUUCCUCAUCUCCUCUCCCCUCCGCCUGCUCCAUUUUUCUCUUUGUUUCUUUGAUUAUUAUCAUGCAUUUUUGUCCGUUUUGCUUCUUCGAUUUCUUUGUCUUACUGCCUUUUAUAAAAUCCAUUCCUCUAUUCUUUCUUUCUUUAUUUAUUUCCCCCCUCAUUCAUAUUUGCAAUAUUAAAUUUGACAUUUUCCUCACAAUUCAACUUUUUAAUUUCUUAAUUUAUUUUUUCUUUCAUUCUAUAUUUCCUCGAUUUUUUAAAGUUCAUGUUUUUUCUUUUUGCAUGUAUUCUUCUUAUUCUUUUUCCUUUCUUCCUUUCUUUCUUUCUUUCUUUCUUUCUUUCUUAUCGUUCAUAACCUACAUUUUGUUUCUCCCUUUCACUUUAUCGCUCUUUUUCUUUCGUCGCUUAUUUGUAUCAUUCACAUAUUUUUUAUUGCUUCUUUCUUCACAUAUUACAAUUUUUCACCACUUUUCUUCUCAUAGUUUAAAUAUAUUCCUUUUCCCUCUCUUUCUUUAUUUUUGUCUUUUUUCUUUCUCUUUAUUUGUCUCUCCUUAUUUCCCACUCUUUCUUCUUUUCCCUUCUUUCUUUCUUUCUUUCUUUCUUUCUUACUUUCUUUCUAUACCUAUGUCCUUAAUAUAUAAUGUUUUCUCUAUCUUUAUUAUUCACGAUUUUAUAUUCGUCCUGUUAUCUUUUUUCUCUUGUUAUUUUACUCGCUAUGCUCUUUACAGCGAUGCUCCCUUAAUUUCCAUUGUUAAUAUUUGGUUUAUUUUGACCAACCUCUUCUUCAUUCGGUCAGUCUUGUUUUAUGUUAUUCAUUGUUUUCGCACAAUUUUUUCAAGUACUUUCAUUCACUAUAUUCAGCUUUCAUUCUUUUUUUUAUUCCGAAUCUUUUCCUUUAUAUUAUUAUUUUCCGACUGCAUUCAUUCAUAA